GGCCAAUGUUCAGAGCGUACGCAAUGUUUUUAGUGUGGGACAGCGGCUACAGACUACAGGAUGACCAAGUGAUCAAUCACUUCCCAAACCAUAUGGAGCUCACUCGGAAGGACCUCAUGGUGAAGAACAUCAAGCGAUACAGGAAGGAGCUUGACAAGGACAAUAACCCGCUGGCAGAGAAAGAUGACACUGGCCGCUUUAUUCACUUAGAUUUUAUUCCACAUACGUACACGUUGCCUGCAGACUACAACCUGUUUGUUGAGGAGUUCAGAAAGAAUCCAAACACCACGUGGAUCAUGAAGCCUAGUGGAAAAGCCAGAGGUAUUGGAAUCUUCCUGGUGAACAAACUGUCACAGUUGAAGAAAUGGUCAAGAGACAGCAAACAAGCAACCUUCUUCUCAUCCUACUGGUUUCAGUUUUGUACCCCCAACAUCUAAGACACGUAUGUGAUUUCCAAGUACAUCGACAAUCCACUGCUGAUUGGUGGCAAGAAGUUUGACUUGCGACUCUACGUGCUGGUCACCACAUUCAGACCACUCAAGUGCUACAUGUACAAGCUUGGGUUCAGUCGUUUCUGCACGGUGAAGUACAACGCCAAUGUGAAUGAGCUGGACAACAUGUUUGUGCAUCUCACCAAUGUCUCCAUCCAGAAAACAGGGAACGACUACAAUGCGGUGCACGGGGGCAAGUGGACGACGCAGAAUUUGCGACUCUACCUGGAAAGCACACGAGGCAAGGAAAUCACUGACAAGCUUUUUGAUGAGAUUGACUGGCUGAUUGUUCACACAUUAAAGGCAGUUGCUGGAGUGAUUUCAAAUGAUAGACAUUGUUUUGAAUGCUAUGGGUGGGACAUUAUCAUAGAUGACAACCUGAAGCCAUGGUUGAUUGAGGUGAACGCCUCUCCCUCCCUCACCAGUACCACGUCAAGCGACCGCAUCAUGAAGUACAAGCUGAUCAAUGACGUCAUCAAUAUCGUCAUUCCUCCCGGGGAACAGCCAGACGUGAGAUGGAACAAGACAGCUGGAAAGGAGAACCUGGGAAACUUCUAUGUGUUAUACGAUGAAGAUCUUGCUCAGUCAGACCCAGUCGCACUCGACCCAAAGAUGAAGCUUGGAACAGGGCCAGUGCGAGGCGGUCUGAGGGAGACAAAGGGACGACCUUCACCCGCCACCUGGAAGUGACCUUUGACAUUCAGUUGACCUUUAAUCUUCCUGUAUCAUCAAUACUGUGGCAUUUCGUUGACCAUGAAAUUUUCUGUUUAUAAUUGACUUACCGUAAAUUUUUUACAUUAAGGUGACAUUUUCAGGUCACCUUUGAAAAUUACAGCUUGCCAAAGGUCUUAAGUGGACAUUAAAAAUUUAUUAGGUUUUGCAUUUGACAUUCAGUUGACCUCAGGAAUUGAAGUUGGCUUUGCCAUUCAGUACGCAUAUGACGUUUCACUGUUGCUUUGCCAUACAGGAUACAUUUGACUGUCAGUUCGCUUGAUAUAUUAAAAUUUAACCUGUG